AUGAAGCGGAGAACGGACUUUAAAAGCAUAUGUGUGGCAACCAUCAUCGGCGUUUUCAGCGGGUACUACAUAUUCAACCCGAUUGUGGAUAAAAUGAAAGAUAAUGUCAACAAUGUGAAUGAAAAAAAUGGAAAACCUUAUGUUCGAAGCGUUAGGAGAAAGGACAGACUGCCCCCGUUAGGGAAUAGCAGUGAAAUUCCCCUAGCAGAGGAAAAUGCUCAUUGCGGGGGUAAGAAGUGGAGGGAGGACGGCCCCGAAAAGUACGCCCAUGAGCCGGGAAAAGAAAAAAUUCAAAUUAAUGCUUAUGAAAUGUCCUUUCCGUUGGCUCCAAACAACAUCGGGACAGAAGAAUGGAAACACCACUCAUCGCACGAUAGAGAGUUCCCUCAAGUGUGUCCACAAGGUGAUGCCACCACUUUACGAAGGGGAAACAAAAAGUUAAGGAAGUUCAAAAUAGUCGCACAUGGGAGAGGGACACCCCUCCAUAGGGAUGCACAAAAUGGGGACGCCGUCGAAGGGGGCAUCAGGACGGAUUACCUAGCUGAUACGUUCUCUGAGGGGCAUCAAAACGGAGAGGAAAUUUGCCCUGAUAGUGGCGAAGCAGGUAAAGGGGCUAACCCAUUUGUGUCCACCCAAGAGGGAGUUACUCACCGGGAUGGAAACAAAGAUGCGGGAGAAUCCACCAACUCGUUCGCCCAGGGUACCAACAAAGAGAGCACAUCAUACGAGUUUUUAAAAACCUUAUAUGGACUGAUCGGAGAGAAAAAGGACAUCUCCGAGGAGACAGCAAAUGACUUAAUUGAACAAAUGAACGAAAUCAUCAAGAUGGAAAAAGACUUAAAAAUUCUGUUUCUUCUCCUACACACCAUGAGUAAGCUCGUGUGUAUCCACGAAUUGGUCGCGAAGUUAUCCUCAGAGAUAGUCAAAGUAAAGGAUAGCGAAUUGCUCUCCAUCAUUCUCCGCAUAGUAGUAAAUUGCCAUUAUAAAGAUGGAGCACUAUUACUCACCCUGAUGACUAAGCUGAAGGAGCAUAUCAAAUUAGGGACAUGUACAACGCUAGCCAUAAGUAACUCCUUUUACAGCUUUGCUCAUUUGUACAGAGAAAAUUUAAUACACUUGGAAGAUAUUCCCAUCGGAGAGAUAAUUCAAAUAAUCGGGAAUUAUAGCAGCUCCUUUUCCCAUGCAGAGCUUUUCGAAGUUAUCGAGGCGUCUCCCCAUUUUGCAAUCAGGAAAGAGAAGUCACAAAAUGGGAGAGUCAAUCAGGCAGAUAAGGCUUCCCAACAUGUUCAUACAAAAUUAACCAAAUUGCUACACAAAGUGGGGAACUACUUAGUAGGAGAAAACAUCGCCAAGAGUACCCCCUUUAAGCAGAUCAGGAUGAUACUGUAUUCAUAUGCCAAGAAUAAGACGUACCAUGAGAAACUGCUCCUGCAUUUAUACCCCCCUACGUUGAAGAGAAUAAAGGGGUACAAUGAGGAUCUCCGAGUGGCACACCAAUGCAGCAGCGACUAUAAUCGUGGGGAAAGCGGCUCCCGAGCAGCGUGUGCAGGGUCAGAAGAAGAAUCGAAGGAGACUCCUCAACUGAUCAGCGAAGCAUCGCAAAACCUGACGGAUGUACUAUACGCAUACAGCAAAUUCAGCAUGUAUAUAGACGAGCUGUACAACGAAAUUUUGCUCCUCCUGCAGCACGUGUACCGACAUAUGGGUUGUUCAGAAUUGUCCCAAUGCUUAAUAUCAUUAACAAAGGUGCACUGCAAUGUGAGGAUCCUGUUGUCCAAAAUACACAUGGAGAGAUUUAAUGUGCAGGUGAAAUCUUACCGAAAUUUUUUUGUCAACUGUACUCCAAUCGACUUAAUGAAUUAUCUCCUAAGUUACAGUAAGAAUCUAUAUUUCGAACGGGACGUUUAUGACAUCAUUGGGGAUCUCCUCCUUCGCGAAAGGAAGAUCAACUCGCUGGAAGGAAGUGAUCUGAUCAAUAUCGUUCAUGCGUAUAGCAAAAUUUAUUACCUGAACGGCAAGGUGUUUUCUGCGGUGGAUAAUAUUUUGUGUGCAAGGCUUGACAACAACGCAAAUUAUUUGUCCCCCGAGGAGGCCAUAAAAUAUUUAAAUUCGUGUGCGAAAUUGUCCUAUAAGAACGAUAAGAUGAUUUCCAGAAUUGUCGAAAUUAUCCAUAGGAGCAAUUUUGUUAAUAUCGAGAUUUUUGAGCUGUUUAAGAUGCUCAAAAGUGUGAAGAGGCUACACGUACCAUUUGAUCGGUUGGAGACGCACAUCCGAAUGCUCGUGCCCAACGUCACCUUCGACUUCGGCACGUACAGCAACCAUUACUACAGGGCCCCCAAGGAUCUCCACGUGCGCAGGAAGAAGUGGGUGUGGUAG